AUGACCGAAUCCAAGGGCACCAUCUUCCCGGACGAGCGCAUGUGGUACGAUCAAUUUACCAGCACCGACUGGGUCCACGAUGCCAUCGCCGAUUCUUACAGAGUCAAAGAACUGCGAAGUCGCAAGGACUUCUGGGGCAGGCUGCGCGUUAUCUUUGACGGUGCUCAGGGCUGGAUCUUGAGCGCUUUAUGUGGCUUCAUUGUCGCAUUGAUGGCUUACACUGUUGAUGUUGCUGAAUCUACUGUCUUUGAUUUCAAAGACGGUUACUGCACCAGGGGUUGGUAUCUUAACAAAAAGAGAUGCUGUCCCGGUAUUACAUGCGACGACUGGGCAACGUGGUCAUACAAGCUGAACAACCCCUUUGGGGAGAUUUGGAGCAGCUUCGUGAUUUAUAUGGCUUUUGUCCUUGUUCUUUCUGCAAUUGCUUGUUGGAUGGCGCUGUGGACCAAGACCGUUGUUCCGUCGGCGUACCAAUUGACAACUCUUGACGAGAACCUGGCGGUCGAUAACGUUCACCAGACAUAUGACGAUUCGAACGAAAGCGAGGCAUCAACACCUCAGCCGCAAAACGAUCCUAAACCUGAGAACCCACCCAUGGUUUACUAUUCAGCGGCUGGCAGUGGAGUUGCUGAGGUUCGUGUCAUCCUGAGCGGUUUUGUUCUGCACGGUUUCCUUGGUGCCAGAACUUUGAUUGUCAAACUGGUAGCCUUGAUUUUGAGUGUCGCAUCUGGUAUGAGUCUCGGAAAAGAGGGUCCCUACGUCCAUAUGGCCGCCUGCGUGGGCAAUAUUGCAUGCCGAAUCUUCUCAAAAUACGAUCGAAAUGAUGGCAAGCGAAGAGAGAUCAUCUCGGCUGCUGCGGCGGCAGGAGUUGCUGUUGCCUUUGGUGCUCCCUUGGGCGGUGUACUGUUUGGCUUAGAAGAGGUUUCAUACUUCUUUCCAGCUAAGACAUUGUUCCGCACUUUCUUUUGCUGCAUUGUUGCUGCUUUGUCUCUCAAAUUCCUCAAUCCAUAUGGUACUCACAAGAUUGUGAUGUUUGAAGUGAGAUAUCUGGUCGACUGGGAAUACUUCGAGCUCGCCAGCUUCAUUUUCGUCGGUGUCAUUGGAGGGGCAUUGGGUGCUCUGUUCAUCAAAGCCUCCAAGUAUUGGGCUCAAUCCUUCAGAAAGAUCAAGGUGAUCAAGAAGUACCCCUUGUUGGAAGUGCUUCUUGUUGCUUUGGUGACAGGAUUGAUGAGCUAUUGGAACUCCUUGACAAAGCUUCCGGUCGCCGAACUGCUUCUGAACUUGGCUUCGCCUUGCGAAGGCUCCAACAUUGACUGGGAAGAAAGGGCUCUGUGUCCUGGUUCUAUUGACGAAAUCCCCCCUAUCCUUUCCCAUUUAUUUGUGGCACUCUUGAUCAAGGGGUUCUUGACAGUGAUCACGUUCGGAAUUAAAGUCCCUGCCGGUAUCUACGUGCCGUCCAUGGUUGUUGGUGGUCUGAUGGGCCGGAUCGUCGGUCAUAUCGUGCAAUGGGCUGUCCUACGUGUUCCAGAUUGGGGUAUCUGGGGAGAUUGCGCUUUCAGUCGAGAUGGUUCUUGCAUCCAGCCUGGUGUGUACGGUCUCAUUGCAGCCGGUGCCACCAUGUGUGGUGUAACGAGACUAUCUGUGACACUCGCCGUCAUCCUUUUUGAGCUUACUGGUAGUCUCGAUUACGUUUUGCCAUUCUCGCUGGCCAUUCUGGUGGCCAAAUGGACCUCGGACGCCAUUGAACCAAACAGCAUCUAUGACCUUCUUACCAGCAUGAACUCGUACCCGUUCCUCGACAAUAAACAUAAGCCUAUCUUUACGGAGGACCUGGCCGAUAUUGUACCAAGGAUUCGAAAAGAACGGAUCAUUGACAUAACGAAUUCGCCAGUAGUACCUGCUACCAGCUUACGAGUCAAACUUGAACUUUUGCAUAGAGCCGGUGAGCUCGACGGAGGAUUGCCCAUUGUGCGACAUGGUAUCCUGGUCGGGCUUAUUCCUGCGCCUGAUCUCGGAUACGCUCUCGACCAACUGGAAGACGAGGCGACAAACCUGUGCCUGAUGGAUAGAGUUCCUAGCAUCGACGAGGACGACCAAUCCCAUGAUCCGACGGAUUUCACGCCGUAUAUUGAUCCUGCACCUGUUGCGCUGGACAUCAAAUCACCAAUGGACUUGGUUUAUGAGUUGUUUUCAAAGCUGGGACUGCGAUAUAUCUGUGUCCUCAAGGAUGGUAGAUAUGCUGGAAUGACACACAAGAAGACGUUUGUGAGAUACAUGCGAGAGCAUGAGAAGGAAGAAUGA